ACAUUUGAAGACGUGAGUCAUAUUUCUGUAUUUAAAUCCCACAAAGGAUAGUUGAACAAACAGAUUAACAGUUCCUCCUACGCCGAAUUGCUGCAAUUCGUAUUGACAUGUAUCAACUUGAAUACAAUUUAGAAGUACGAAGCAAACAAAGCAAAUAUUUCUCUUAAUACGUUGUGUCUGUGGUACGAAAACGCUGCGUGUAGACGGAAUGUAGAAGUGAGAAGGCUUUCAGCACCUCAGACAGCGAAAGGCGGCAGCGAGAACAGACACGCACCUGAGUGACAUUUUAGAAAACACGUGAUGCCUUUUUCGUUAACGACACUCAUCCAGAUAGAUUAUGCAGGAUCGACGAGAAAGCAAGCAAACACGAGCUCGGCGCGAUGGAACAUUUAAUCAUAACGUGAAUGUGGUCUUGUAUUUUGAUUCGUGUCAAUGUAUCGUUCAAUAGCCCAUACACUACUUGUUAAUGCUUAUGCGGUUUUACGGACGAGAUGAAUUAGACGGGGUAUGUUUCUUUAAAAUGCAAGAAGAGUUGUUUAUGAAGGACGAAUGUUUUUUUCAGGGUUAUGAAGAUAUAUUUUUUUCCAAAAAGGCUGAGGAGAUGAUUUCAUGAUCAGGUAAACUGCCAGCAUAGUGAUUAUAUUUACGAUGAAUUAAUUCAUCCACAUGGCUAUCUAUGACUAUGACAUACCUGCCUAUCACGAUAUACAAACGAAAAUAACUCAUUCUACGAUGCGCUUGUAUUCAUAUUUUCUUUUAGAACUGAGUCACAGUGUGUAGGGCUUCCAUGCCUAAAAUCUUAUGCUUAAAGCGACGUAGCCCAAAAUAAUGCACAUGAGUAAAAUGUAAAAAUAUAUUCAUAUAUCCGUAUUUGUGUGCUAAAUAAGAGAAUGUAUGCCAUUAAUGCCUCUCCAGCGCAUCUCCAAGGUUUGCCUGAUGGUGUUUGUGAUAGUGGAUUGUGAUGAUAUGCCGAUUUUUCAACCAUGCUAAUCUUCGAUGCGAGCAGGAGUGUUCGUUGUCCUUAAAAUAGUCUCGCGCUCAUACUUGACCACGGACUGAUUCCCCGUCCCCGUGUCGUUGAAGCUAUGGGUUUCUCGAUUAGCUCACUGUCACGGACGGAGAUCCGCCGUGUGAAGCCACUGGCCAAAUCGCAGCCUCCCCGUCGCUACCAACCCGCGCCAAGCUACAACUACAAGUGGACGGAAAUCCACUACGAGGCCAGUCGCGGAAACCUGGACAAACUGCGCGCGCUUCUUCUUACACUGGAGUUGUUGCUCUCGCUCUGUUCCGCUACUCCAGAUAAAGAGCAGAUCAACAGGAAAGACUACUACGGGAAGACGCCGCUCUACUGGGCUGCUUACAAGGGCCAGAGGUCAUCGGUGGAGCUGCUGCUGAAAUGCGGCGCGGACGUGAACUCGCAGUGCAAGCACGGGGGCACGCCUCUACACGCCGCCGUGGGGCUCUUUCCGGACUGCGUGCUCGUCCUCAUACAGCACGGGGCAGACGUAGACCUCCCGGACAUCUGGGGUGUCACGCCUAUGUACCUGGCAGCCUGCAGCGGGCAGAUCGCAUGCAUCCACCUGCUGGUCCAGGCAGGCGCCAAGGUCAACUACAAGAACAAGAAGACGGGGGAAGCCCCGAAGCAGCUGUCGUCCCGGCCGACGUUGCUAAAGUGGCUGGAGGAGCUGGUGCGUGAGCCUCGCUCCCUCCAGCAGCAGUGCCGCCGGGCCGUCCACCACGCCCUCGGCCCCGCCCGAAUCCCCGCCCUCUUCUCCCUCCCCAUCCCCUUCUCCCUCAGGGCCUACCUGAUGUUCCAGGACCUGCAUGUCCCGGACACUGUGGGGCAGAACCCCACUGAUGAUCACUGGACAUCGGAGCAGAGUGUCCUGGCGGUGGCCUGAGCAACCGGACAGUGGUGGGAGGGGCCAGAUGUACUGAUGGCUCCUCCCCCAUUUGGGACAACAACUCGAUGUGACCGAAAAUGCACGACUGAUCAAAAACCCGCUUUCACAAGCUCUGCAAACCUUCACCAACACAACCCUUUUGUUUGUCUGUAAGGACAAAACAAAAGCCAAAAGACUGGAUUGGACUGGGUUGAUGUUUUUCCAUUUCUAGAGACCCUGAGGGGAUCCAGGAUACCUUAGAGGGUCUCUGAUGCAAUCACUGGCAGAUUCACUCUCCCUGGAAUUAACGGACCUAAAUGAUUGUGGUCGCUGACAGACAUUGAAAAUGUAAGAGUGUACCGGAAAAGAAACAUUUUUACUCGCAUUCCCUUUAAUGGCUUUCCUCUGUGUUUGCCUGCACAGACAAUAGGCGACGUGAACGGUAGCUUUGUGACUGCACACGGGGGGCAUGAAUCGCGUCCCCCCGUUUUUAGAUAUAGUGACGACAGCGUGUCUUGCAGAAAGACCGCGAUGACCGCGACGGCCAGCACGUCCUCGGUCGGAGCCUUCCCAGCUUUGCGUGAACGGAGGCGGGGGAUGGGAGAGGUGCUGAUACCGGUUUCUCGUACGCGUUUAAAAUAGGUAACUGUGUCACGAGCGACAGAGACGGGCUUGAGCUUCAGAGUCUAAUGAAGACUCGAGGGGAGCUCCCCCAGUCCCUCGUCUCCGAUUGUUUGUCUCAGGAUUCGCAUCGGCGAAAUUUGAUCUCGUCGGCUCACGGCUCGUUUGAGAUAGAGGGAACCUUGUGAACUGGAAUAAAAUCUAACUUGUUUAAGAGAAUCUGGGUCACCAGAACUAUUCUUGAUACCAAAGCAUUUUUUUUUUAAAUUGUUUACAAUCGUUUUUUAUCUCGUGGGACAGUGAAACGGCAGUUCUUGGAAACCAGGAUGGGGUGGGGGGUGGA